AUGAGCGGCUUUGAUUGUUCGCUGCUUGAAGAGCAGCACUUUCAAACGUCGGACUCACUCAAAGAUGGCGCUAUUUCAUGUUCCGAUUGGUCUCGUUUUGCAAUAGCAUCAUCAACUGGUUUUACAUUAUUAACAUUUAGUGGUCAUUCAUCACGUAAAGUUCAAUUAUUUACUGUUUCAUGGUUUCAACUUGAUCAACAUCUUGAACAAGACGAUUUACGAUAUUAUACAUAUACUCCGCUUGCACUUUUUUGUCCCGAUUCAUUACGACCAGACGGUGCUCGUUUAUUAGCUGUUGCAUCAUCAACUGGUCAACUUGUCAUCUGUGAUGCUAAUCAAGAAUCACCAGUUGUUCUAUUUAAUGUAUCAAAACGAUGGAGAUCACAAUUAGAUGAACGAAAUGGUGGUACUGGUGCCAAUCCAACUAAUGCUCGAAAAGCACCAACUAGUAAUGGAACAACAUCAACUAGUGGAGGAUUAUCACGUGAUGAAGAAGCAUUACUUGUUCCAACUUGUUUGGGCUGGUCAAAUGUUCUUCGUCGUGAUUCACCAUCUCGUUUUGUUCUUUUAUUCUGUGGCCUUGAAUCCGGUCAUGUUGCUAUAUGGCAGUUAUCCGAACAGCAACAAACAAACAAUCUCACAUUAACUUAUGCUGCUUUACUUGAACCAAAUGCUACUGAACCAUCAAUAUCAUCAACUAAUGGAACAAAAAAAUCUGGUCAUUCACCAACUAUGUCUAAUGGUUUACAUAAUACAAAAACUGAUUCACCAUAUCGUUCACCACAUAAUUCUAUAUCAGCUAUGGCAUGGCUUUCACUGUCUGAUACAGCUGGUAUAUUAGCACUUGGUUCAUCACAUGGUCAUGUAUCACUUAUAUCAAUAUCAUUAACUGGUAAUGAAUUAGCACCAUUACUUGCAUAUACAAAACAAGAAUCUCCACAUCUUGUUUCAAAUGGUGCACGUAUACAUCAUAUUGCUUUAUAUCAACAACAUAAUGAACAUCGUUUAUUUUUUGCACAAAUGGAUUCAAUUGUUAUAGCAACAUUGAAUAUAACAUCAACUGGUUAUAAUACAUCAUGUUCACAAUUUACAAUAAAAACAGUUAAUGAAUACGCUUUAAAUUCAAGUGUAUUAACACAUUUUUUAUCUGAUACACAAGAUCUAUAUUUAAUAUGUCGAGAUGGUUUUAUACAUAAACAAGUAACACAAACAUUUAAUGAUCCACAUCAUCAUCAUCAUCAACAACAUACAACUAGAUUUGAACAAUUUUGUCAAUUAUUACCAGCAGGUAGUGAUUGUCAAGCAGCUGGUAUAACCCCAACACAUUGUACUGUAUUAACAAUGAAACGUAAUGAAGCUAUAUUAACAUUAUCAGUUUAUUCAUUAAAAGAUGUAUCAUCAACAAUAACAUUUUUUCUUUCAAAUCCAUUACCAUCAUUUCGUUUAAAUGAUGUUUUAGCUGCAUUACGUGUUUUACUUUAUUCGGAUAAAUCAAAUGCAUUAACAGAUUUAAUUAUGUCUGUUGCUGAUUGUGCUGAUCAAGCAAGUGUUAGUUUAUUAAAAAAAGUUCAUUCAUUAUGUCGUCUUCUAUUAUCAUAUCAUAAUAGUGGUCUUGGUAAUGGUUUAAGACAAGCACCAUAUAUGUUAUUUUUAGCUGAUGUUUUUGCACAAAUGAUAUCAAUUGAUUUAAUUAAAAAAUUAUAUGAUUAUGUUCAAACAAAACAACCAACAGAACAACAAAUACAAUUAACACCUAUUGAAAAAUCUAUACUUUAUUGGUGUGAACAAUUAUUACAAUAUUCAACACAACAAUUACAAGCAUCAGCUAGUGCAACAAAUAAUAGUGGUAAUACAAAUACAAAUAUAACAGGUAAUAAUUUAACAGCACAAUUUGGUUCAUUACUUGCUAUGGCUAAUCCAAAUAUGACAACAACACCAACAACAAUAUCAAAUGGACCAACACCACCAGCACAAAUAAAUAGUCAAUAUUUAUCAACAUGUGAUCAAAAAUAUCUUCUUUGUCCAUUAUGUGGACAAACAUUACAUAUUCGAACAUUUUUUGAUGUAACAUGUUCAAAUGGUCAUGAUUUUCAACGUUGUAAUAAAACAUUUUUACCAAUAUUUGUUCAAGAUCGUGCAAAACGUUGUUCAUUAUGUAAUUUUUAUAUAAGUGAUACAACUAUUGAUGAAUCAACACAAUUAACAACAUUAAUUAAAAUACUUGGAGGAUUUACAUGCACUUUUUGUGGUUGA